AUGGAGGACCUCCUGUUGGGAGUGAAGUGGGCCUGGACCAUCUUGCUGAUCGUUAUGUGCCAGUGUGACCAUGGGAUGGCUGCUUUUACUGAUUGUGGAGGUCAACUGACUGACCAGGCUGGAGCAAUCCUGUCUCCAAACUUCCCAGAGUCAUAUCCUGACGAUGCCACAUGUGCUUGGACCAUAACUGUUUCUGUCUCUCAAGUAAUAGACUUCAGGUUUCAACGGCUUGAUCUUGAAAGACGUUACGACCAGAAUUGCAUUGAUUACGUAAGACUUUAUGACGGUCCGGACUCUAGUUCCAAUUUGAUUGGCAUAUACUGUGGUUACCGAGACGACGCAAACACGGCCAACAUUAUUGUGAGGACUACGGGCUACCAGUUGUAUGUGGAGAUGAUAACAGAUUCGUCUGGGGCAAGGCCAGGAUUUAGUGCCUCGUAUUGGGCUCAUGAGUGUCCACAAUUUUACUACGGACGUGAUUACUGCGAGUCGCCAUGCGUGUGUGAGCAAGAAAGCACCCAGUACUGCAACAGUCAAAACGGUUAUUGCUACUGUAAAUCUGGAUGGUCUGGUUACGACUGUUCCAUUGACACUAACGAGUGUAUAGACCCCAACAUAUGUGAAGAUAUCUAUUCCGUGUGCAGCAACACAAAGGCUGGCUACGAUUGUUUGUGUAAACCUGGGCUAGAGAAGAACAUCAGCACGGGAUCAUGUUACGCAGCUGUAAACGAAUGUACUACAAAGAACUGUUCCCAUUAUUGUGGUGUGAUAUCAAGAGACCCAUGGACUGAAGUUUGCAGCUGCCCUAAGGGGAUGAUGUUAAAUUCUGCUGAUCAACAGACAUGUAUAGAAUGUAAUGACUGGACCUAUGGAGACAACUGUGCUUACGCCUGUAAUUGCUACCAUGACCACACUAAGUCCUGUAACAAAGAGAACGGACUCUGCACCUGUAAGCUGGAAUGGACAUCAUCAAACUGCGGCGAAGAUGUCAACGAGUGUAAUCUUGAGAAGCUGCCUUGCACAAGAGAACAUGAUAACGCUGUCUGUUACAAUACUAGGGGUUCUUUUGAUUGCCGGUGUAUUAAAGAUUUUGAGGUGUUCAACGAAACGUAUUGCAAUGAAUGUGGUAAAACAUUGACAGAAACAUCAGGAAUAAUAAAAUCUAGAGUCUACUCACCUGACUAUUUUGGAGUAGAGAGUCAGUUGUGUAACUGGACGAUAAAGGCUCCGCUUGGUCAGGUCGUUACUUUACAACUACAUUUCAUAUACCAAUACUACUACGAUUCUCUUUACGUAUAUGAUGGAGACAAUACCAAUGUAACUGUUUUAGCUGCAUUACGUUAUCGAGAUUACUAUUACUACUCUUACACUGAACUGAUCCGAUCUUCUGGCAAUGCAAUGUUGAUAAUAAGAAAUGCAAGAGACUAUACCUAUAAUUCCGCUGGUUUCACAGCUUCUUAUUGGAUACAUGAGUGCCAGCAUUGGUUUCACGAUGCCAAUUGUUCGACUCCCUGCUCAUGUAAUAUCGACAAUACUGAGCGAUGUAUUAGCACCACUGGUGAGUGUGUUUGUAAACAAGGCUGGACAUCAUCAGACUGCUCAGUGGACAUCAAUGAAUGUGAACAGAACCCCGUUAUAUGUCCAGACUACUCUAAUUGUAACAAUCUUAAUGGCAGCUACGAAUGUUUAUGCAAAGAAGGGCUUGUGAAAUCACCUGACAACUCGCAGUGCAUCGUAAGUCCAGGCGCUGAAUGUCCUACACCUGGGGUUAGAAACUGCUCACAUGUCUGUGUUAACAUAACACCACAAGGUCAAAGUUCACCAGAAGAGAGAUGCUAUUGUCCUAUUGGCAUGGAACUACUUGAAGAUCAAUGUAUUGACUGUAGAAAUCUUACCUAUGGACCCGACUGUUCACGUGCUUGUCCUUGUGUCCGAGACAACACACUCACCUGUAAUACAAAGUUUGGCACUUGUAACUGCAUGUCAAAUUUUACUGGGUAUAACUGUGCUUACGACUACGAUGAAUGUAGCUAUGGACCAUACAAUUGCCGCGAAAACAGCCUUUGUCAAAACACGUAUGGAGGGUUUUCAGGGUUUUACAUUGAAUCUGAUUACAAAUGCUCAUCAUCUUACCUAGAAGCAUAUGAUGGGAUCAGCCCCGCUGGAAGAUUUAUUGGUCGUUAUUGUGCUUAUGGAAUGCCAAUUUGCCGAAGCUUCACCUAUGGCCUGACAUCAUGUGACACCAACUGUAAAUGUGUGAAAGACAACACCCAGUUCUGUGACAACACCAAUGGCGAGUGUAUCUGUAAGCCUGGCUGGACCACGGGAGAUUGUUCUGUAGACGUAAAUGAAUGUCUGGCAACAAACAAAAAAGUCUGCCCAGAAAACUCCUUCUGCUUAAACUCUCCUGGCAGUUACACAUGCACAUGCCGACCAGGUUAUGUGAUGAAUGCAACAACAGCAACGUGUGAUGUAAGCACAGAGUGCACAAUAUUAAAAUGUUCGCACGCUUGUACGAUCGUGGGUAUUGGCGAAGAACAAUGUGUAUGUCCAUAUGAUCUCGUGCUUGACAAAGACACACAAUUGAACUGUGUUGUGCCGUACUACAGCUAUGGAGAAAUUGCAAAUGACCUUAAGCUUGCUGACAACAUCUUGACUGCAUCAACCUACUUAAGCAGCAAACCAAUCAAAUUUCUAUCUGGGGCUGUCUUUAGCACAACACUACAGCCAGAAGCUUAUGUGAUGUCUAAUGGAGUAUUUGGCUUUGGCACCCAGCCCAUUACACUAAGUGGCUCCCCUGAUUUGAGUUUAGCCAGUCAAAAAGGACUUAACAUUAUAGCUGCCUACUGGGCUGACAUUGAUCCAACUAUUGGCAAUGUCUACUACCACCUGUAUGAAAGAUGCGGCCAUGUUUUUUCUGAUGCAAAUGACGCGGAGUCCCCAGCCCUAGUACAAGUGAUGAUGAGAGCCAGCAAGGAUGUACAGAAAUAUUUCUCACUCUCUGGUUUUGAAGUUAAUAAAGCCCUAGUUGUCACGUGGGAAAAUGUUCAACCUUUUGCUCCAUCUAAAGAAUAUAAAGAGCUUAACACAAUACAGGCUAUUUAUGUAAGUGGCUGGGAAACAGAUGUCAUAAAUGGAAGGAUAACAAUGCAAGAUAAAGAGACAGCAUAUGUCAUCUUUAUUUACCAACAAGGACAAAUGUCAUGGCGCUAUGUUCCAGAGAGACCUAUAGUCAUUGGGACAACAGGAAGCAACAACCAGAAUUUUGUACCUGAUUUGAAUUCCCCACUUUUAGUCAAUCUACCAACACUCCCUGGAAACAAAGGAUAUACUGGAGUCACAGCUUAUGAGGUUGGCCAAGUUUCAAAUUAUGAUACAAGAUGCUACCAGUACAUCUGCAGCAACACAUACCUGCUUGAUGAUCCAGUGUUCAAAUAUGAUAAGCAACAAUUGUACAAGUGCCCAUGUACCCUGGAGAGGCUGGGACGUCAAUGGCAGCUGUACGAGAAACGUGGAGUGAAACAAGACAUUUACUGCUACGCCAUCAGCAAUGUUGCUAAGAGAAGGAUGUUACAGGGAAAUAAAAGGAAUAUGCUCUGCUGCUACCGCUGGACCAAACCAAACAAUGAUGACUGGAGAGACUGGCUACAAACCUGGAGAGAAGCCACCUAUCUCCCAGCAUCCUCUGAAUCAGGUCACCUACUUAUCAAAGACCCCUGGUCAAUAGGCAACUUUGAUCUGUUUCAAGCACAGGAAAAUAUGCAGGCACAUCAGUGGUGCUGUAAGGAUGCCAGCCAAGCAAAGUACUGUGACUGGUUUUUUAAGGUCUUCUCUGACAAAGGAUGCUCAAACUUUGUGGUGUUUGUUCCAGCUUCAGCACUGGGAGACCCUACAAUAACAACACUAGAUGGCGUAAAUUAUGCCAUGAAUGGUUGGGGCGAGUAUUGUAUGAUGGAAAUUGACAGUGAAAACUUUACCAUUCAGACAAGAACAGGAAGAGCAGUAACAGUGAAUGGAACUCUAUCAAGUGCCACUGUCUUUAUAGGAUUUGCUGUCAAGGAAUCAAAUCAAACUACAUUCCAGGUUCUGCUUUCAUCAUCUAACACAACAAUGCUGCUUACAUCAUAUGGUGUGGACAUCACAAAUGAUUUUUAUAAAGAUUUAGACUCAGAGAUCAUUGUUGCAACAGAUUCUAUUCAAAUCACUAGGGAAUACAAGAAUAACAGAACCAUCGCUAUUGCGACCUUUACCUGUGGGGUGACAAUUCAUGUUCAUGUUGCUGUAAGAUGUCUUGAGAUUAUGUUUGAAGUUCCUAAAGAUCUUCAGGGUAAGACCAGAGGCCUUCUGGGAAAUUUCAAUGGUAACACAACAGAUGAGUUCAUUACUCCUGAUGGCCAGGUGCUUUCUGCAAACUUGACUGAAAGGGAGAUUUUUCAGCAGUUUUCUCAAAAAUGGGCAGUAAAUGCAAGUACAUCAAUAUUCUUGUAUGGACCAGGAGAAAAAGCAGAAGAUUUCCAGCACCCAGAGUUUACUCCCAUGUUUAAAGAUGAAGCUAAGCCUGAAGAUGUGGCAAAAGCUGUUGAAAUUUGUGGAGAUAAAAAUGAUGCUUGUAUUUUUGAUUUCCUUGCCACUGGUGACCAGGCAUUUGCAGAGAAUACAAAAUCUUUUAGUGAACAGAUGGCUGAGACAACAAACAUUUUAGCUAACAAUCCACCCAGCCUGACAGUAAAGAAUGAUAGUCUAAACUCCAAUGGCCGCUGGCUGGUUAAACAUGGAACUCUGUCUAACUUACAACUCAUUGCUGAAGAUGAGGACCAUGAUGCAAUAACAUUUGAAAUCCUAGGCAAUGUCACUAAUGUAACCAUUGAUAAUACAGGAUUAAUAACUUACACUCCUAAUGUUAACAGUCCUGUUUUCAUCCAAAUCAGAGCAAAGGACUCAAAGGGUGCUGUCUCUCCAUCUAUUUACAUCCCAAUAACUGUUUGCCCACUCUGUAGCGGACAUGGUGUCUGUGAUCCAAAUACUCCAAGACAACAGGAGUUUCUGAAUGGUCAAUUCCAAAUAUUAAUCUGUGCAUGUUUUCCUGCUUAUAAAGGUCAAGAGUGUGACUCAGAGCUGGAUGGCUGUGCUGCAGAGCCAUGUUCCAAGGGACAGAACUGUACAGAUCUCACUGCUGCCCAACAGGGAAACAAUUCUAUUGGAUAUGCUUGUGGCCCUUGCCCUAAUGGAUUUUUUGAUUGGAAAGGAAAGUGUGUUGAUAUUGAUGAGUGCAAUGUGAGCAGCCCAUGUAGCCAGGUGUGUUCCAACACUGAAGGCUCAUUUGUUUGUAGUUGCCAGUCUGGCUACAGGCUGGACACAGUUGAAAAGAAAACUUGUUUAGAAAUUAAUGAGUGUGAGGAAAGAACUUCCAAGUGUCAACAAAAAUGCACAAAUACAAGGGGAAAUUACUCUUGUUCAUGUCAGACUGGGUACAUACUUGAUGAUAAUGGAUAUACAUGCACUAUAGACUCCAGCAUACGAGAGCAAUGCUACCAAUGUCAACAGGUUUGUAGUGUGACAAAUAACCAAGUGAACUGCAGCUGUAGACUUGGAUAUGAGGUUGAUCCAAGUGACAACACAAACUGUAUAGAUAUAAAUGAGUGUGAGUAUGGCAACAAGCCAUGCAGUCAAAGCUGUAUCAACCAGCUGGGGACAUACCAAUGUUCAUGUUACACUGGCUUCAAACUUGGGCCUGAUGGAGUCUCUUGUGCAGCCUGUGAAAAACCUUACUAUGGUGAAAACUGUGAGAACAUCUGCCAGUGCAGCAGUCAUGGGUCAUGUGACACAGUUAGAGGGUGUGUGUGUGACAAGAGCUGGACAGGGGACAACUGUGAGCUGGACGUUGAUGAAUGUGCCCAGCCCAACUCAUGUCCUGAAGGUUUUGUCUGUAAGAACAAGAUUGGGUCAUUCUCCUGUGUGUGUUCAGAUGGGUACAAACUGGACAAUGGAGCUUGCUUAGACAUUAAUGAGUGCACAGAUAUUUAUUCUAACACAACCUGUGACAGACUUGUAGAAGUUUGUAUCAACACAAUCGGAAGCUACAGCUGCUCGUGCAAGAAAGGAUAUGCCAGAAAUGCUCAGUCUGUUUGUGAAGAUAUAAAUGAAUGUGAAAAGAAAGUAGAUAAAUGUGAACAAAUCUGUGACAACAAGCCUGGCUCCUACAACUGUUUGUGUCAACAAGGUUUUUAUCUCUCUGAUGACAGGUGGACCUGUGUCAAAGUGAAAGACCCUUGUGUUGGUCAAACUCUCAACUGCAGCUAUGGGUGUGGUGUUGAUGCUGAGAGUACGCCCUCUUGCUACUGUGCAAGAGGCUAUCAACUAAAAGGCACAGAGCUCUGUGAAGAUGUCAAUGAGUGCCUGACAGACAGUGACAACAAAUGUGCUAACAAAACAAGCUGUGUCAACACUGAUGGCAGCUACACAUGUUCAUGUGAAGCAGGGACAAAGCUGGACAAUGAUGGCCGCUCUUGUAUUGGAUGUAGUGGUGAGACAUGGGGCAUACAGUGUAACAAGUCAUGUAGCUGUGGGUCAGGGGCAGAUUACUGUGAUCUAAAAACUGGUUGUGUUUGCAAGUCAGGAUACACUGGAACACUGUGUAAUAUUGACAUUGAUGAAUGUACAACUGGAGCACAGAAAUGUGGCACCAAUGAAAAAUGUGUCAAUUUACCUGGAUCUGCUACCUGCCAAUGUCUGGCUGGUUAUGUAAGGGAGAACGGAGCUUGUGCGGAUUUGAAUGAAUGCUCCAGUCCAACAACCAACAACUGCCCUCAGUUGUGCAACAAUUUUGUUGGAGGUUACAGCUGUGCUUGUUUCCAUGGAUAUUUCUACAACUCAACAACCAACAUUUGUUCAGAUAUAAAUGAGUGCCAACAAGACAACACCAGAUGUGAACAGUUGUGUAUCAACACAGAAGGAAGCUACAGGUGUUCUUGUACAUCUGGGCUGUUGCUUCAACCUGAUGGUCUUACUUGUAGAGCCACAAUACCAUGUACCACCAAAACCACAUGUAGCUACCAGUGUGCUACCAUCAAUGAUACAGAAACGUGCCUGUGCUCAAAAGGAACAACUUUAGCAGCUGAUGGUCUAAAUUGUGAUGACGUGGAUCUUUGUGCAAAAUCAACCUGCAAACAUGGCUGUGUAGAAACUCUGCAAAACACAAGCACAGAGUGUGUGUGUCCUGUAGGACAAACACUGAGUAAUGAUGGCAUCACAUGUGAAGACUGUAUUGAAGGCAGCUGGGGUGCUGGAUGUAACAACACAUGCAGCUGUCAGAUGCUGAACACAGACCACUGUGACCAAGUUACUGGUUCAUGUCAGUGUAAGAUUGGAUGGCGUGGUGCCAUGUGUGAAGAUGUUGUCAUCGACUGUAGAGUGAACAAUUGUUCAUCGAAUUUACAGUGUAAGAGUUCAAGCACUGGGUAUGUCUGUAUGUGUCGUGAAGGAUUUACAACAACAAGAGAUACAUGUGCAGCUUGUGAGGAAGGCUACUGGGGCACUGAAUGUAACAACACCUGCAGCUGUUCUGUGUUUGGGACAUCAACAUGUGAUAAAGUCUCUGGUACAUGCCAGUGUAAAAGUGGAUGGAGUGGAACUAAUUGUGACAAAGAUGUUGAUGAAUGUCUCCAGAACACAACCAUAUGUCCAUCCCAUUCUAAUUGCAACAAUACUGAUGGGUCUUUUGUUUGUCUGUGUGAUGAUGGAUAUUUUAACUCAAGCAACUCAUGUGAAGCUUGUGCAGAGGGCAGCUGGGGCACUGAGUGUAGCAACAACUGCAGCUGUUCUGUGUUGGGGACAUCAACAUGUGAUAAAGUCUCUGGUACAUGCCAGUGUAAAAGUGGAUGGAGUGGAACUAAUUGUGACAAAGAUGUUGAUGAAUGUCUCCAGAAUACAAAUAUAUGUCCAUCCAAUACUCAUUGUAACAAUACUAUUGGGGGAUUUGAUUGUCCCUGUAAUGAUGGCUAUUUGAAUUCAAACAACACAUGUGAAGAUAUUGAUGAGUGUGCUCUCACAACACCAGUCUGUGAACAGACAUGCACCAACACUAUUGGUGGUGUAAAUUGUUCAUGUAAAGAUGGCUUUGCUGUUAGCCCUACAAAUUCAUCAAAGUGUCAUGAAACCUCAAAACACAACAUGACAAUCACAUUCAACUUGGAUGUUUCAAAACUAAACCUAGAAGACAAAAACAGUGAUGACUACAAGAAAACAAAAGAUGAAGUUGAAUCUCAAAUGUACAAGAAAUUGAAAGCUACAGGAGUGGCUGUAACUAAAGUUUCUGUUCAAGGCCUCAAGAAAGGUAGUCUUAUAGCAGACAUUCUUGUGCUGAUUGAUAGCAUUAUAGAGAGCAGCCCAGACAAAUCACUGACUUCAGCUUUACAGGUGAUCAUGACUCAAGGAGUUACUAUAAAUAAUAUCCUCUCAACAGUUAUAAAUCUGUAUGUUGGUGACAAAGCAGUCUAUGCUUCAACUUGUGAAGUGAGACAACAAACCAACCCAUGUAGAAAUAAUGAGGCUUGUAUUGUGGAGAAUGGUGCAACAGUUUGCAGGGUAAUUGCUGAUGAUAACAUGGAUCUUAAACUUGGGCUUGGUAUAGGAUUGACUCUUGCUGUAUUAGCCUGUGUUGGCAUUGGUGCAGCUGUCUACGUUUGCAAGAAAACUUCAGCAAGACACACGAUUUUCCCAUAAAAUAACUCAAUAUGUUUACUAAAAAUCCACCAAUAUGCCUAUGUGUUUUAAUAUUAUGUUCACAAGAUUUUCCUAGGGUUAAGUUUGGAAUGCUGUUUUUAGUAUAACUACUUUAUAUAAUAAUCAUCUUACAGUUCAUUAAAAAAAACAAGUUACAGAUAUUGGAAUUAUUUGUUAAUAAUUUUAAAAUUAUACCAAAAAUAAUAA